GCCGGAUCCAGCCUCUCAGCGCAGUCGCAUCUCAACGCCAGUUAAGCAGAGCCGGGAGCAUGUGGAAUGCGACGCCGAGCGAGGAGCCGGGGCCCAACCUCACGCUGCCGGACCUGGGCUGGGACGCUCCCCCCGACAACGACUCGCUGGCUGACGAGCUGCUGCCGCUCUUCCCCGCGCCGCUGCUGGCGGGCGUCACAGCCACCUGCGUGGCGCUCUUCGUGGUGGGCAUCGCGGGCAACCUGCUCACCAUGCUGGUGGUGUCGCGCUUCCGCGAGCUGCGUACCACCACCAACCUCUACCUGUCCAGCAUGGCCUUCUCCGACCUCCUCAUCUUCCUCUGCAUGCCCCUCGACCUCGUGCGCCUCUGGCAUUACCGGCCCUGGAACUUGGGCGACCUGCUCUGCAAACUCUUCCAGUUCGUCAGCGAGAGCUGCACCUACGCCACCGUGCUCACCAUCACCGCGCUGAGCGUCGAACGCUACUUCGCCAUCUGCUUCCCGCUGCGGGCCAAGGUGGUGGUCACCAAGGGCCGCGUGAAGCUGGUCAUUCUCGUCAUCUGGGCCGUGGCCUUCUGCAGCGCCGGUCCCAUCUUCGUGCUGGUCGGAGUGGAGCAUGAGAAUGGCACCGACCCGCGGGACACCAACGAGUGCCGUGCCACCGAGUUCGCCGUGCGCUCCGGACUGCUCACCGUCAUGGUGUGGGUGUCCAGCGUCUUCUUCUUCCUGCCUGUGUUCUGCCUCACUGUGCUCUACAGCCUCAUCGGCAGGAAGCUGUGGAGGAGGAGACGCGGCGAGGCGGCGGUGGGAGCCUCGCUCAGGGACCAGAACCACAAACAAACCGUGAAGAUGCUGGCUGUAGUGGUUUUUGCUUUCAUCCUCUGCUGGCUGCCCUUCCAUGUAGGACGAUAUUUAUUUUCCAAAUCCUUCGAGCCUGGCUCUGUGGAGAUUGCUCAGAUCAGCCAAUACUGCAACCUCGUCUCCUUCGUCCUAUUCUACCUCAGCGCCGCCAUCAACCCCAUUCUGUACAACAUCAUGUCCAAAAAGUACCGGGUGGCAGUGUUCAGACUUCUGGGAUUUGAACCCUUCUCCCAGAGGAAGCUCUCCACUCUGAAGGAUGACAGUUCUCGGGCCUGGACAGAAUCUAGUAUUAAUACAUGACCAAGCACAUUGCUCAGCAAAGUCAUCGCUUAUUAUUCUAAACUGGAAGCCAUAGCACAGCAGAACUGGGGAGGAAGUUGAAGGUUAAUUUUGGAAUUAGGGACACGUAGGUCUGGAAACAAGGGGGAAAGAAGAGAUAGAAUUUGUAAUGGGUGAGCAGUUUGGUUUGAUUGCACACUCAUCAGUGCUCUCAUACACGAUUUCUGCAUAUUCACUACCUAUGAUUUUUGCAUUCUGCUGUUGGUGCUAGCAAAGGCUCUGCAAUUCAGAGAAAGGAGGUGGUAUAAGAGGGCAGUUAGGUCACUUCUUACUAGACAAAUUCUAACUCUGAUUUCUUUUUCAUAAUGAUAAAACUUUUUUGAUUCAAAGACUGACAUUAAAAUAAAAUAUUUAAAACAUGACUUUCAAAAACUAGCCAUUGUCAUAGAGCACCGGAUCAGUGCUGUCCAAGAAAAAUAUAAUGCAAGGUACUUAAGUAAUCAAUAUAAAAAUUAUUAAUGAAAAUUUUACAGUCUUUUUGUAGACAGUCUUUGAAAUCUGGUUUACCUUUUAGAUUUUCAGCUCAUCUUAAUUUGGACAUUGAGUGUUCAUCAGUAAUACUUGAUUUAUUGCAUUUUCAUAAAUUUUGCA